AAACUUGAUGAUGGGCACUUAAACAACUCCCUGGGUUCUCCAGUUCAAGCCGACGUGUACUUCCCACGACUGAUAGUUCCAUUUUGUGGGCAUAUUAAAGGUGGCAUGCGGCCAGGCAAGAAGGUAUUAGUGAUGGGCAUCGUAGACCUCAACCCAGAAAGCUUUGCCAUCAGCUUGACCUGUGGUGACUCGGAAGAUCCUCCUGCCGAUGUGGCGAUUGAACUCAAAGCUGUGUUCACAGACCGGCAGCUCCUCAGAAACUCUUGUAUCUCAGGAGAAAGGGGUGAAGAACAAUCAGCGAUCCCUUACUUCCCAUUCAUCCCAGACCAGCCAUUCAGGGUGGAGAUUCUUUGCGAGCACCCACGUUUCAGAGUGUUUGUGGAUGGACACCAACUUUUUGAUUUUUACCAUCGUAUUCAAACAUUAUCUGCAAUUGAUACCAUAAAGAUCAAUGGGGACCUCCAGAUCACCAAACUUGGCUGAUGUUUUAAACUCUAUUUCUAAUAUGAUCAGGUGCCACAACUCCAUGACUGUCUGAAAGAAGUGUCCUAGCAAGAUCUGCAGACUUAAAAAGAAAACAAAAACAAAAGGCAAACAUCACUGUCUCUCUCUGUGCAGUUUAAGUCCAGAAUGACAACUUCAUCUGUGGUUUGCCCAGAGGCAGAAAGCUCCCAAGAAAGACACCGAGCCAUUAUGCCCAGAACAAAAUAAUACAUUUAUGCUGGAUUUUAUUCAGACUAAACUAAAAUGGAUUUGUGAUAUUUGUGAUUGGGUAACAAUUAGUUAUCAUUUCAGAGCAAGAUGAUAUUUAGAAACAAAAGUGCUGAAGACCUUAAAAACAACAACGGUACAUCAAAUCGAUACAUUUCUGCACUAAAGUGGAAUUGUGUAGCACAACCGACAUUUUAGUCAGGGUAUUUACAUAGAAUGUAGAUUGUGCAAGGUUUGGUUUCUUAAUGUUUUCUUGGGGGUUGUUUUGUUUUUGUUUUGUUUUUAGCACAGCAUCAUGUUAACCUGGAUUUUUAAGCUUUGUCAGUUAUUUAUUUAUAUUCAGUGUAUGUAUUAAUGUAUUAGAGAAUGAGCAAUGUCUACAAAUUAUGAACUUAGGUCUGAGGGGGAGUAUUAUGUAGUCCAAGCAUAAAACAAGUGGAUUUAUACCUUAAAGAAUUUGAGCAUAUUCUCCACUCCCCUCAACUUUGGCUUCUUAACAUAAAUUGCUUUAAGUGCUUUUGGGGAAAUUUUGCAACAUUUCGAUAAAACUCAAGUUUUUGUCGAUAAUGUGAACUUUUGUUUGCAUUGCUUUUUCUCCUUCCUGUGAAUUAGCACGGUAUUGGCUUCCUUAAGGCGAACUACUCCCUAGGUCUACAUAAUAGCUCAUUAAGUUGUUAUUAAAUUAAUGGAAAGCAUAUAAGAGGUGAUUGCAUAGACAACUUUUAAAAUUAUAUCAGUUUUUAAUAGUAUACUACGAAAUGAUUCCAGAACACGGUGUAAGGCAGAAGCAAAUUGCCCCAAAUUACUUACUGGGAAAUAAUUUAUAUAAACUUAGGCUGUUAGCUCAUUGCAUAAUUUUUCUUCUGAGACCCUCCCCAGUAUCCCUCAGCAAUGCCUUUGGAGCUUCUGAGUAGGUGAUGCUGCCUCUGCCUCUGUGUUGUUCUGCAGGAAGUAGGAUAAGGUGGGAUCCAGUUAGGUCAUCUGAGAGAUUGUAAUGAUUUCAGGUCAUUGAGUCCAGCCAGUAGUGUUCAUGCUUCCAGUGAAACUGCUUCCCUGCACUUGCAGAACUAAUCAAAUAGAAGCCAUCUCUAGUGGUGGGCUGCAGAUUAUUGAUGUGUCUGCAAAGGUAGGGGAUGGUUAGAGUCAUAGGAUUGUGUUUCACACACGGCAUUGGUCCUACAGAGAAGGGCCCCGGGCAUUGGCCCAGGAAGAAGAAAGGGGUGCUGGGUGGGGGUGUGUUUAUAUAUAAUUUAGGUUUUGUUUGUACAGUGUAUGUAUCUUAUUAGGGCAUCCCCUUGUCCUGCUUUGCUUUUAAGGUUCUUUUUACACAACAUGCAGAGGCACUGAAGUGGCCAUGUCAUCUUCAUGUGUCAAGAAUGUAGACAGUGUUUCAGAACCAAAGUUUAAGAUAAAUAAAGCAAACUAAAAUAACGAAUUUUUUACAGAUGAUAUAUUUGGAUCCUUCUCAACUUUGAAACUGUUUAGCACAGUUCCAUGGUGUUAUAUACAAAGACUUGUCCACCGAGACCAGCUGCAUCUUCCAAAGCUUUAUGUACCCGCUGACUCCUCAGCCAUAGUCAGCCAUAAGAGCUGUUUCAGAGCUCCAGGUGUUUUUUAAGCCUGUGAUAAAUUUCUCAUGGUUCAAAAAGCCACUUUUGAGGAGUGUUUAUCUUAGAAAGCACCCUGAAAUAUAUUUGUAAGAGCUUGGAUUCAACUUAUGUAGUAAACACCCCACACCACCCCCCAGAGGGCUCUUCUGAGUGGCCAAGAGUGUGUAAUUCAGGGGAGUGGGAGUGACUUCUCUGCCUGUCAGCUAACUCAUCAGCAGCUGAUCCCUCAGACUUGGUAUGGAAAACAAUGUUAAACCAUCGCCAUACAGGUCAGAGGGGUCCUCUGACUAGCCUUCUGGGAUUUGUCUAAGUGGUGUGAUGGCUUCAUUUUGGACCAGCUAAAUAAAUAGGGGACACACCCAUUGUCCUAAUGGCUAGCUAGAAAUGAGGACAAGUUCACACUCUCAGCCUGAGAGGUCUAAUGUGGGAAUUUCAGGAUGGAAAGUGCAAUUUGAAGCUUCAGGGGGAAAGUAUUUGCAUACAUAAGGAGUUAUAUCCACCCAGAGCCCUAGUUUUGCAAUAACUAAAACCAAGGGAUAACAGGCUCUGGGGAAAUAAGAAGCAGGCUUUAGACAAUCUGCAGCAGAAUUGGAGUAAAUGUGUCUAUCAAGUUAAUUGAAGUGACUUUACUUUCUGGGCUGUCCCAGAAUUGUCUUAAAAUUAGUAUUUUUUUAAAUUUUGAAGCCCGGUUUCAAAUCCUGCCAAUUUCUCUAAAACCCCCUAAGAGAUCACUCUUAGAAUUGUCAAUGCACUAAAUGGCAAAUCCAUGUGCAUUAAGAGAAAAUUUCCAAAAGAGGAUUGAGCCCUAUUGCCUUGAGGAAACAGCUUUGGCAUUUUCUGGCAUUAAUGUAAAGAUAAUGUUCCUUGGAUGACAUAUUUUCAAAGAAACACUUUCUUAUUUACUGCGUGGUGUAAAGUAUUGUUAAAUGUGUUGUUACAUUAUGUCACUGCUGAAAGUUAUUUGCACUAUAAUAAAGGAAUUUUCUACAA